CCACAACCUACUACAACGACACCAUGGCGCCCGCGUCUCUUCUGGAUCUUGUGUCGGCGUUGCCCAGCAAUGAUGGCUGGGGCCCUCCGGCCUCGACCGAGACGAUGCUGGACGGCGUGCCCUUCCAGCCAUACUCGAAAGCAGACAAACUCGGCCGCAUGGCAGACUGGACCGAGGGCAAAGAUCGGGAUAGGGGGGGACGCCAGCAGUUCGGGCGUAACUACAGAGAUCAGCAAGUCUAUGGCGCAAACCAAGCGACCAACCCCUUCGCUAUCCAAGCCGCCGAAGAAGAGGCGACUUUCUCCGUUGUAGACAAUACUCGAACUUCCGCUAGAGGCCGGGGAUUUGGCAGGGGAGGCGGUACCGUCUUCCGUGGUCGGGGACAGCGGGGUGGACAGGCGCAGCGAGGUGGGCGGGGCACCUUCCAGCGGGUUGGUGGCGGUCGCGGACAGCAGUACGACAACCGUGGUGGGCGAGGCGGCAGAGGGGGGCGGCGGUUCGGAUGGAGGGACGACAAACCCCAGCGCAACCGUGAUGCAUCCGUCCAAGUCAAGCCGGAUUGGUCUGUCCUGGAGGAGAUUGAUUUCGCUCGUCUGGCGAAGCUAAACCUCGACACUGGCGAAGGCGAGGAUAUCGACAGCUAUGGAUUCUUGUUCUACUACGACCGAAGUUACGACAAGCAACCUGGCGCCAAAACAUCUGAGCGGAAACUCAAUGUCCUGGAACGGGCAGCCUACAACGUCACCACAUCGAGCGAUCCUAUUAUGCAAGAGCUGGCGGAGAAGGAUGAGGCAACGAUAUUUGCCACCGACAACAUCUUGUCCAUGCUGAUGUGCGCCACGAAGUCUGUCUACUCGUGGGAUUUGGUCAUAACACGGCGAGGGAACAAAGUCUUCAUUGACAAGCGAGACAGCUCCAAUCUGGAUAUGGUUACGGUGAACGAGAAUGCAACGGAUGCCCCUCUAGAGAUCUCAGAGGGCAACAAGGAUUCUAUGAAUAGUCCUGGUGCCCUCAUGCUGGAGGCUACCCACAUCAACAACGUCUUCCCCCUGCAGGUCGUCCUCGAGUCGCAGACAUCAAAGCUCAGCAUGCCCCACGAGCAUCCAUUCUACAACGAGGAAGUAGAGACAGAUCCGCCAGCCUCAAAAGCGUACAGGUACCGCCGUUUCGAUCUUUCAUUAGAGCGAGACGAAGAGCCACUCAACUUGAUCGUCCGAACCGAGCUUGAUGCAGUUGUAAAGAACAACAUCAAUGGCGAAGAUCAAUACAUGACGAUCAAGGCUCUUAACGAAUUCGACAAUAAGGCACAGGGCAGCGGUGGUGCUUUGGAUUGGCGAACAAAAUUGGCAAGUCAAAGGGGUGCUGUCCUCGCUACUGAGAUGAAGAACAACAGCUGCAAGUUGGCUAGGUGGGCAGUUCAGAGCAUUCUGGCAAAGGCGGACACCAUGAAGCUAGGAUUCGUCUCUCGAACAAACCCCAAGAACAACAACGACCAUGUCAUUCUUGGCGUCCUCACAAACAAGCCGCGUGACUUUGCCAACCAGAUGGCUCUGAACCUCAACAAUGGCUGGGGCAUUGUCCGCACCAUCGUUGAUAUGUGUCUCAAGAUGGAUGAGGGCAAGUACGUCCUGGUGAAGGAUCCGAACAAACCUGUGCUUAGACUGUACUCGGUACCGGAUAAUACCUUCGAGGAGGAUGUUGAAGAGAGUGCAGUGGCGGAAGAGGAUGGUGAGGAGUAAACUGACGAAGGAGAAUCGCAACACGAGAUUGGUUUGGUAGAUUGAUAAUCCGAUAGACAGCGAGUAUCACUCGCCAUGCUCAAGCAUGACUAAAGAAAAGACAAUAUGACUGAAGACC